AUGAAGACGAGGUUCCGGGCCAUCUUCUUUCACACCCUGGAGGUGCACCACACCUUUGCACCAAAUGUCAUCGCCGCUUGUGCUGUCCUUCACAACAUCUGCCUUGGAGUUGGAGAUGUUGUGGCCCCAGAGGACAGCCCAGAGGACAGCCCAGAGGAGGAUGAGGGGGAGGAGGACACCGUCUCAGCAGCGCAGUGGAGAGACCGUCUGUCUGCUGAGAUGUCUGCCCUGGAGGAGGUGCAAAUGGACCAUGAGUACCUUUAG